UCAAAAUUUCUUCCUCUCGACGAGGAGAGAGGCGAGGGUUCCAAAGGGGAAAGCGCCUUCCUCGACACGCCUCCCCUCCCCCAACCCAAAACCCUACUUACUGCUCCGCGCCGCCGCCGCGCCGAGGAGGAGGAGGAGGAGGAGAUGCCGCCGGAGGCCGAGACGGCCUCCCUGAGGGAGGCCAUCCUCGCCGCGUCGAAGCCGGCCGCGGCGGCGAGGGCGGUCUCGUCGGUCGCGGACUUCCUCCGCCGCCACGCCGGCGACCACCCGCGGGCCUUCUUCGCUGACGCGCUGCCCUCGCUGCUCUUCCGCGCGUUCGUCGCCUCCCCCGAGUCGCCGUGCUUCGUCGACCUCGCCGCCGGGGACCCCGCGCUCGCCGAGCUGCUCGCAUCGCUGUUCUCCCCGUCCGGGCCGCUCCUCGCCGCCGUCUCCGCCGCGGAUCGUUACGCCCUCCUCCGAUUCGUGUUUCCGCCCGAGCGGUUACCCGAUUGGCUCCGCCUUGCGCUGUCGCACCCCGCCGUCUCCUCCUUUGACGAGGUGAUCUCCCCUCUCCUCGCUGGCCGCGUCGACUCCGAGCUUCACCUGUCGGUAUUCGAAUACUACCUCUUCUGGUUCGCGUACCACCCCAUCUCAGCUGCCACGGCCAUGGGAACCACCGCCGCCCGCGCCCAAAAAACAUUGCCCUCCAUUUCAGAACCUUCGCAUAAGUCGAUCGGCCGCAUUGAGAGCUGGAUGUCCACCCUAGCUUCCUCAGCCGGACGGAAACCGGGUCAGAAGCCAGAAAGCUCACUAUAUCUGAAGCUUCUGUACUCCUACCUUAAAGAGUUCGUGCCCAGCGCAUGUGUACCGCCGUGUAGCAGCGGAGGCACUCUGCUACAUCGAACUGUCAGUAAUGGUAUGGACGCUGUUGAAUCCUUCAAGAGAGCUGAGUUCUUCGUGCACACACUCAUUCAGUUCUGGCUUGUUGGAGAUGACUUCUCACCGCUGCCUGUGCAGACAUGCCGUGCAUAUGGGCUGCCUUUACUGCCUCUUCAGUCCCAUGCAAAUGCCACAUUGGUUGAGCGGCCACCAGCACCAGGACUCGGGGAUGCAGUGAAACUGUUUGUGAUGUAUAUGAACAAGAUCAAUGCUUGUGUGGAUAUAGAUGCGCCAAAUGUCUUUGAGGGGAUAUCUGCAUGGAAGGAGACAUUCAGUGGCCCUGUUGGGUACUGGAAUCCAUUGAUACAGAGACCACUGUAUCGAUUUUUGCUCAGGACAUUCUUGUUCUGUCCCAUGGGUGCAGAAAUAAAAAAUGUGUCACAGGUUUUCUCUGCAUGGAUAGUCUAUAUGGAACCGUGGAAGGCUCAGAAGGAAGAUUUGGAUGUGUUUGAUCUGCCUCCUCCAGGUGGGCGCAGUUUGCAUCGAGUUACUGAGGGGAAGAGCAAGGCAUGUGAGGCAGUGUACACCCCAGAAUGGGAGAGUUAUGUGUUGUCCAACUACUUGUUCUACAGUUCUUUGGUUGUUCACUUCCUAGGGUUUGCACAUAAAUUUAUCCAUUCUGAUGUUUCCUCCGUGUUGUUGAUGGUAUCAAAGGUUUUGGAGGUUUUAACUUCUACAGAAUUAUCGGGGCUCAUCUACAAUGUUGAUGCUGCAUAUCAUUCUAGAGUUUUAGGUUCCUCGUCAUGUUAUUUGGAUCGUGCGCUUAAGCAUGUGCCAUCAAUCCGAGAACAGCUACAGGACUGGGAGGAUGGUUUAUCAGAAACUGACGCUGAUGGGUCUUUCCUGCAUGAGCGCAGGAAUUUUAAUCUAAGGCUUUUCAGCACUGAUGAGGAAGGGGCUUACAACUUGCUUCAGUUGUUGUUGCUGCGGGCAGAGUCAGAGAUUCAACGUUUUCCAGGUGAUGUUAUGCAAAGAAUUCAGACUGUGGAUUUAAUUGAAUCCCAGAUGAAGAAAAUUUUCCAUGAACACAUUGAAAGCUCCCAACCUAUGAACUUGCCAAAGAAAGAAUGCAGUCGGCACCAUGGGCGUGGUGAGGUAUUCACACCUAUGCAUCCAAGGCCAUGGAAACACUCACUGUCUAAUGUGAACUGGAUGACAAGGCCCAUCUCAGACUCUGAAGUGGCCUGGCUCGCAAGGUUGCUGAUCCGUUUUUCUGCUUGGCUAAAUGAGACCCUUCAACUUGACCGUGAUGAUUCAGAUGCUAUCCCCACUGGCCCAACCAAUAUCAAGUUUGAUGGAAAUGAACUUAGUGGGGUUGGGGGCCCAAAGGAUGCUGCCAGAAUGGUGUUUAUUGGUGCCUGUUCAUUGCUUGUGCUGGUGGGACAAUCAAUUCUGCACUUCUUGAGGACACACAGGAUUAGGAUCAAUCUGAGAAUUCUUGCAUCCAAGAAACUUCUCACAGCUGUUAUGUUAUAUGCUUUGUUUAGUGUGGCAAGAAAUGCGUUGUCGUAACACUGUUAUGCUUUGCAUAACCUCUUCUCGUUCCUGGUGUUGCUGCUGCUUGGUCAGAUUGUCCAACCUUCAAGUUUUGCCUUUACUAGACUGAUACAUAUGCUGUACAGGAACUCAUAGGAGAAAUGAAAUUACAGUGAAACUUCAGGAACUCUUUCAGACUUGUGUUUUGUGCAUAUUGACAGCUCAGCGAAAAGUUUGUUUGGUUCUCCAUAUGCUCUUGGAACACUAUUUCGUAGUCAUAUACAGGACCUGGGUACAAUAAAAUGUUGUGGGGGUCUGCAAUUGCUUAAUGUAACUAACCACCACUUUGCUGUAGGCUUUGCAAUGCCAUGUUUCGUAGAGUUGUUUUGAUGACCAAUCAUCAUUGUCAGUCAUUGUAUUACCAGAGAAGUCGACGCA